AUGACAACCUACACACGCACUCUCGAGGCCGCCAACGAGGAACGAAGACGACUUCAUCAUGAGGCAGAUGUCGUAGUAGUCGGCGCCGGAGUUUUUGGCUGCGCAGUCGCAUUUGCGCUCGCAAACCAGGGUCGCAGUGUAUUGCUCCUUGAACGAUGGAUGAAAGAACCUGACCGGAUUGUUGGCGAGCUCUUACAGCCGGGAGGGGUAUCGGCAUUGAAGAAAUUGGGCUUGGAGGACUGUUUGGAGGGAAUCGAUGCGGUCACCGUCAAGGGCUACGACGUUAUAUAUUAUGGGACGGAGGUAUUGAUUCCAUACCCAGAAAAUGCCGGCACAGAUGGUACAAAGGCUUCACAGAUAGAGAAAGGGAGGAGGCCAGAGGGGAAAUGCUUUCACCAUGGAAGAUUCAUAUCUCAACUACGAAAAGCGUGUGCAAGGCAGCCAAAUAUCACCAUCGUCGAGACCGAAGUCACCGACACUAUCAACAGCACAUUUACCUCACAGAUCCUUGGGGUGGAAUCAAGGACAACGAAUCCAGAGACAGGAGAGAAGGUGGCAGACUUUUAUUUUGGCCAACUCACCAUAAUUGCCGAUGGAUAUGCUUCCAAAUUCCGAAAACAGUUGAUUGGAAAAGCCCCAAUUGUCAAGAGUAAAUUUUACGCUCUUGAAUUAAUAGACUGCAAAUUGCCAGCGCCUUACCAUGGCACUGUCAUCCUAGGCGAUGCACCACCAGUUCUCCUUUAUCAAAUCGGUACUCACGAAACUCGAGCUCUCAUCGAUGUUCCGGAAAACACACCAACAGCUUCUGCAAAAGCAGGUGGCGUACGAGCACAUAUUCGAAACGUUAUCAUUCCCUCCCUCCCUAAAGAUGUCCAGCCUUGCGUCGAGGCAGCUCUUGCAGAUGGCAAAAUUCCAAGGAGUAUGCCAAAUAGCUUUCUUCCACCAAGUACACAACAAGAGAAAGGAGUAGUGGUAUUAGGUGACGCAAUGAACAUGCGUCAUCCUCUCACCGGAGGUGGCAUGACAGUAGCAUUUAACGACGUGGUUCUCCUCGCUGAACUUCUCUCUCCCGAAAAGAUUCCAAACCUUGGGGAUACCGAUAAAAUCCAAGCCGCAAUGAAGGAAUUUCAUUGGAAGAGAAAAGGGCUUUCCUCAAUUAUCAAUAUCCUUGCCAUGGCAUUAUACUCCCUCUUUGCAGCCAAUGAUAGCCAAUUAAAGGCUCUACAAAAAGGAUGCUUUGCCUAUUUCCUUCGAGGAGGCAAUUGCGUCGACGGGCCUUCUGGAUUGUUGGCUGGAAUCAUCCGUCAACCAUUCGUCCUCUUCUAUCAUUUCUUCUCUGUGGCAUUACUCUCUAUAUGGAUAGUGAUGAAAGAUACCAUCGGAUCCAUCUUAGGACUCUGGAAGAUUCCAUUAGCGAUUGAAAAGAGCGUCUUGAUUUUCUGGAAGGCGUGUGUAGUCAUCUUUCCUUUCAUCUUCAGCGAGCUGAGGAGUUGA